GUGCUGUGCAGUUUGCAGUGUUGCAAUAUUUCUCUACUGUGAACUGCACCAUGGGACAUUGCAUCCCAAGAUCAAGGAGGCCAUCAACGUCUUGCUGGGAGCUCUCACGUGUAUUAACAAGAAAGUAGCUAAAGUGGCAACUGAUAUGCUGCAGUUGUUAUGUGACCACAUGGACAGACUUUUAGAGUAUCACCCACAGAUGCCAAAGAAAAUUACAGAGGCUAUUGCAUCCACAAUAUCCGCCCUAGUCUCUACCCAUGGUGCUGCCAACUCUGACGAAGACAAAAGGUUGAUUGUGUCAAUGAUGUUUACAAUGGUGGAGUGGUGCCUGCAGAUGCCAAUGUCUCUCUUAAUCGAAACCACAGACACUGAUAAAAGCUGCAUCUACAAAGUUUUUAGAGUGCUUCACUCUGCUGUGACUGGCCAUAGCUCAUCUUCCUUGACUAGAGUCAGCAAGUCACUCUCAGACUUUCUCCUGGAAACAGAUUUCACAAACAUCUGGGAAACACAGGGCGGCUCUGCAUCGCCUUGGUCUACUGUGACAACACAGAGGCCCUUCAGCGCCAAUGCCACCCUGGCAGAUGCGGUGACUGAUCCGAGCCGACUGACGUCUUCCAAGCAACUGGAACAGGGUCGCAAGCCAGAGACUGAUAUUGUAAAAUUGGCAGCUAGAGCUCUGAUGACUCAUCUGGUCAACCACUUGUCCCACUUCCCCAUGGGAUCAGGAGCUGCCCGGCUCCACACCACUGUCCAGGAACAUCAUGACCUGCCAGAUUACUUCGAUGACGACCUGAAGCCAGAGAUUUUCAGUGCCCCUAAUGUGCAGUUUUUUGUCUUGAAUCGCCGCUGCCUGAUCUCAUUCAUUGAGCUUCCGGCUGUGGAUGCACCAGGAGGAGGUGUGACAGCAGGGUUGAUGACUGCUAGAACUGUCUGUCGCAUCAUUGUCAGAGAUUUGUGUGGCAAGUACUGCUGGGAGAACUCUGUACUCUACAGCCCUCCAUGGUGCACCAAGGGCUCAUCCAGGCAUAAUGCUGAGACGUUGUUGGGUUUAGCAGCUGGAGUUGAGCAGGAGUCGGUGCUUGUGAAGAAAGCUGAGGUGGUCAAGAGUGAGCCUGCAGUCCAGCAUCCGGUUGACCAGCUGCCCUGUCAUGAGGUUGUGGGUGUCAGUGGCGACAAUCUGGACAAAAUGCUGAUUUACAUUGGCCAGACGAGCCCGGAAUGCCUGCUGAGACCAGGCAGACCCCUGAACAUACCCAGUCGCCUGUCGGAGGACUUCAUGGAGUCUACAGAGGAGAACAUCAUUAAGCUGAUCCAAGAACAGAACCUAAAGGAAAUAGAAUAUAGUCAAGCUCACAGGAUGGAUGUCAGCAUGGUGGCGCCACCUGAGAUGCCUGCAGAGAGUCAGGACCCUGUUUCUCCCUUUCAAAUGUGCCGCCUGCUUCUGGAUCAGAUUGGUUUGCUUUCAUGGGAGAAGAGAUGCCAUUUUGAUCUGCUGAAGAAAAGUGACAAAAUUAUAAGGGAACUAAAAAACUUGGAUGCUCAGAAAUGUCGAGAGACGCACAAGAUUGCUGUCAUAUAUAUAGCUCAAGGUCAGGAGGACAAAAACUCCAUAUUAAACAACAGCUCUGCAAGUCGUGCCUUUGAGGAUUUUGUAGCCGGGCUUGGUUGGGAGGUUGAUCUGGAGUCACACCAAGGAUUCAUGGGAGGUCUACAGUCAAACCGAACCACCGGCAACACGGCUCCCUACUGGGCCAACUCAACGUGUGAGGCUAUCUUCCACGUGUCCACUCGAAUACCAAGUUCUGGCACUGAUUGGCAUAUUAAGAUGCGCCAUAUCGGUAACGACGAAGUUCACAUUGUAUGGUCAGAACAUAACAGGGACUACAGAAGGGGGAUUAUUCCCACAGAAUUUGGAGAUAUUGUCAUUGUUAUCUACCCUUUGCCUAUUGGGCUGUAUCGAAUUCAGAUCAUCAGAAAACCAGAGAUUCCAUUCUUUGGCCCACUGUUUGAUGGGGCAGUUGUGGAUUUCCAAGUCUUGCCUGGACUUGUACGGGCCACUGCCAUCAAUGCCAGCCGUCUCAAGCGAUCCCUCAUGCCUUUUUACCACGCAUAUUACGAGGAGAGAGCCAAGUGCUUGGAGUCAACUAUUCAACAGCACACAGAGCAGACUAUGUUUGAAGAUUUUGCAGAGAAUGUGUUUGCCCCUGUACUGCCUGCUAAUGCUACAAUUACUGAUGAAACACCAAGGUCGGAAGCAAGCAUUGCCAGUUUUAGCGAGAUCUUGCAGCCAGCAGAUUCAGGCCCCCUUCAGAUGUCACCGAAUACAUCUAGACAGAGAGCAAGUGACUCUGCCCUACUAGAUAUACCUUCAGCAAUCCGUCUGCAGAUAAAUACUCGGCGUUUCUCCUUGAUGCCUCGGAGGUCUUCUGGCCCACAAAAAAUCCCGACCAGCUCUAACUCCAGACCGUCUUUCUCAGCCAUAAACACGAGUCAUACCGAAUCUGCUUUCUUUGUGACAGCACUGGAGAGCUCACAUGACCAGAGUGCUAGAGAAGACAGCGGUACCAGCAGUCAUGAACUUGAAAUCCUUGAGUUGAAAUCUGGAAAUUUUGAGCGCAGAGAGAAACUAGAAAAACACAAAGGUCCGAAAUCAAAGUCUGAAAAGUCACGUUCAGAAAGUCCAAAAUUUAAAAACAAAAAGUGA